AUGACUUCCCCUCACCCCCUUUCCGCGGCCGCGCUGUUCUCCCUGAAGGACUGGGUCGCUGUUGUUACUGGUGGUGGCACAGGAGUCGGUCUGAUGAUCGCCCAGACCCUCGCCGCCAACGGCGCCAAGGUGUACAUCACAGGCCGACGCGCCGCCGUCCUCGAGACCAGCGCGCGCGUCCACGGCUCGGCGGAGCGGCUGGGGCCGGUGGGUGGGAGCAUGGUGCCGCUUGUCAUGGAUGUCACUUCCAAGGACAGCAUUCGGGCGGUUGUGGCGGAGAUUGGGGAGAGGGAGGGGGCGGUGAAUCUACUCGUCAACAACGCCGGCGUCUGGAGGAGCCGCCCGACCGCGAAGCCGGAGGAUGGGCCGCAGGCGUUUGGGGACGCUAUGUUCGAGGAGGAGAUGGAGGAGAACUGGCAGCAGUGCGAAUAUGCUGCUGAUGCGGUGUGGUUAUGGACAGCUUUCCUGGCUAAUGCCACAUCCCCCUAUUUCGUCACCGCCGCCUUCCUGCCCCUAUUGGCGAAGGCGAAGGAGGGCCCGACGGGCAGGGUGGGCAGUGUUAUCAAUAACACGUCGGUCAGCGCGUUUCUGCGGAUGACGCAGAAUUGCCAGUACUCGUAUAACGCGAGCAAGGCGGCCGCGACACAUCUGACUCGUCAGAUGGCAUACGAUCUCAGUCAUGAGAGCAUCAAUGUUCGAGUGAACGGCCUCGCGCUUGGAUACUUUCCAUCCGAGAUGACGACCCAAGCCUCGAACGAGGAGAACGAGAGCGCUUAUGCUGCCGAGCGCUUCCAGCAGAUGAUGGCUGGCUUUGGGGCACCGACCGUCAAGCGGAUGGGCUCGCCGCAGGAUAUUGCUGGUGCUGUGUUGAUGAUUGCAACGAACGACUUCAUGUGGGGCACCAUCACCAUCCUCGAUGGCGGGUUUGCGCUGAAUGUGCCGGCGAACAUGUGA